AUGCCUGCCGGGAAAGUCACAGCCUCGCAGCAGCCUUUGCCGCAAUCAAAGUCACUUGCGCACGAGCAAGUGCCAGGUUAUGCAGGCUGGUCCAAAGAACAGAUCUACGAGCUGGGCAGCAUUUUGCUGCGGCUCUUCCGUCACUGCCUGGCCAACUCAGCCGCCAACGCCAACAUCUUCAUCCUACUUGGAGGCUCCACCUGUUUGAUUGAUGAUAUCCUUCCGGCAACGGGUGUUGCAAUGUUGGCAGAUGAUGCCAGUUUGAUGGACGAUGAUAGUCCCCUGUACGCGUAA